AAUGGACUGUAGGUCGGAACAUGCGGCCCAGUACUAUACAAGUGGUCUCAGGUCCUGGUGCGCCUAAUCAAUGUCCAUCAUCAUCCAAAAGUUACAAGAAACCUCGGCUUCAGGCUCCAUCACGACAUUGUUUCGGUUGGGCCCUGUAGCCGCUAUUUCUGCUGUUCCAAAAAAAAUUCCCUUUCACUCUCCUCAGGUUGCGGGCUCUAGCUGGUGCCUGACUAUUCGUAAACAGGGAAAGAAGAGUCACCAGCUAUGCUUCAAUUCCCGUAGUUGUCCGGAUGCAUGGCGUGGUACACUAGCCAAGGUCACGGUCUCUUUUCCAUCACAUCAUAACGGUGAUCCAUCUCUUCGUACCACAUCCAUCGCCGUGAUCCUAGGACUUUGCGGUUCAGACUCGUGUGAUGAUCAUCUGCUGAUCACUUGUGUCGAUGAGAAGCUUGGAAAUGUCCUUGUCUCGUUGGAGGUCACCUUAGCCAAAACACUGACAUGCAAUCCAUUCGAUGUCCCUGCACCAGUGGAGUCUGUACCAGACGCACCUACCAGUGCUGAAGCGCCUAGAGUGUCUCAGGCUUGCUCUGCCCUUCGUGCCCUCGAGCAAUCGCUCAAGACGGGAACAUCAUUUGACAUAGUAUUCCAAGCUUAUACUCGUCGGUUGUCUCUCGGCAAAGUCACCAAACCAACUCCGAUUUAUGCAAGCACCGCUGUGCUGCAAACGACUUUGCCAGGCUUUUCCGGAGGGGACCUUGAUAUGACCUCCCUCUUUGAACUGUCUGAAGGCGAUACCCUCCCUGUCACUUCCCUGGGGAGCUAUGAAUACGAUUCUGACAGUGAUCUGGAUGACGAUGAAUUCGUCACGGAUAACAACAAUCCUACACCAGUCAACAAUGAAUUACACGAAGACACGACUGAUACUGGCUCAAUCUCAUCUUUCUCAAGCAUUGAAGCUGAUCUUCAAGAGCAGCUGAACAAUCGGCCAUUGUUUGUUAAAGAUGUUAGGACUGCACCAGUUUUGAGCCGCGAGAACUUGAAGCGCGGGUCUCGAGUCGUCCUCGUAAAGGGUGUUGCCUGGAAGACGUGGCACGCCUUUAUUUAUUACUGUUACACCGGCUUCGUCAACUUUGGAAAUUUGCAGUCUCAAAAUGAACCUGACAAGCAGGGUCGCUCAGAAGAUGGACCACCACAUUGCUCCCCGAAGUCGAUGUAUCAACUAGCUAGAAAGCUUAACGAUGAAUCAUUAUCUCAGCUUGCUUUAAAGGCCAUUGAAACCAGGUUGUCUGCGGCCAACAUACUGGAUGAGGCAUUCUCCAAUUUUACUUCCAGGCAUGACGCCGUCAGAGUAAUGGAAAUCGCCCUCCUGCUGAAAUAUAGGAAUGCUUCGGAAGUUAUGCAGGGUCUCCCAGCUAAAAUGGAAGCUGUGGCCAGGGGUAACAUACCCAACGCUGGACAGGUCCUCACUGCGUUAAUUAUGCAGGUACCUGGCCAAAAUUGAACCUGAUGACGUCCGUCGCUUGGGUCUGUUCAUUUCGUGGACUUCACAUUGUACUACCAACUUGUAACUUUUGCUGUUAUUGAUGGCUUGUUUGACGCGUGUUGUCGAGUUCGUGCCCAUUGAAAUUGGUUCAUUGGAAUCCAGUUCAUCAUUUGUUAGCGUUCGGCUGGGGAUGGGAUUGACGUUGCUCCUAAAUAUGGUUGCACUGCCUCCCAGAUAAGAGACU